AUGGGAUUUUUGAGUGGUGUUCUCAAUGCAGUGAAAGAUGAUGAUGCAGUUAGAACGUACGAUAAAGAUAUCAGUGGAGAUAAAAUUGAUACAGUUAUUAGCAUGUUACAAUCUUCAAUUGGCACCGGGCGUAUUGGGCUUGCGGUGUCUGUCGGCGCGGUGAGGGAGUGGUUGGAGGGGUAUUGGAAAGAGGUAGAUGGAAAAAAUAAGAAUGUUACUGACAGCUUAACUAAAUUGAUCAUGAAAUUAUCUGACAAGUAUUUAACAGAAAUUAGACAGACGGAUAAGCUUCAAGUCCAGUUGACAGCAUGGAUGACUACCAUCGGCAACAUUGACAGCCAGUUGACUGCAAUGGAUGCACAACAAGUUGGUGCUUUGGAUGUUACAUUAAAAGAAAAAAUAACGCAUGAAAUAAAUAGUAUUAAAACAGCUGUAUUAGUAUUACAUGACUCAGCAGGGGAUGGUGUCUUUGGGUGGCAGGUGAAAGAGGUUGAUAACGUGUUGAUAAACCAAGAGAAGUAUCUUGAGAGUGAAAUAAGAAAUAAAUCAAUCGAAUUCAAAAACGUUUUGACGACACAAUUUGAUAAUCUGUCAAAGCAUAUUGGCAUUUUGAAUAGAGAUAAAAACAAACAUUUUAAGAAUCUCAAUAACGUCGUAACAGAUGCUCAAAACUUUUUGGAAACGUUUGACAACGAGUAUGAAUCAGUAGUGUCCAAUGCAUUUCAAAAAAUUAAAGAUGAGAUGACAGAAAUUAAUAACCAUGGUGCAGAUAAAUGCGCCCUUGAAUUGCAAGUGGACAAAAUAAAAUCGGAACUUCUGUCAGUUGGCACGGUAAUACAGAAACAUGUUACGGACAUGGCAGACAGAAUUCGUGAGGUAGAGGGAUUGCGGUAUGAAGCCGCAGCACAGGUUACGCAGGUCGUCAGGGAUCUUGGAUAUCAUGGCAGUACACAGACAAAGUUUGGUGCAGAACUCGACAAAAUUCUGAAAGCCAAACGCGCUAUUGAAGACGUUCAUGAAAACCUUGGCGUGCAUCUUGGGAGUUUGCAAUCAUGGAAUCAUAAGGCAGGUAGUAUUAUAGACGAGGGAAUCAACAAGUGUAAUGAAAUUACCAAAAUAGCAGAUGAAAAACCGUCUAGUAGUUCUAAAUCUACGAAGAUUGGACAGGCUGCCGAUAGGCUAAAACAAGAUGCCCAGAAGAUUUUCGAUGCAGCCAACAGUGCCAAGCAAGAGGUGACUGGUUUGGUAGAUAAAUUGCCACAAGAAAUUGAACAAGCGGUACGCAACGCUUUAGUACUUGAUUUGGGCGAUCUAAAAGAUAAGUGUAAGAAAUGGGUUAAUGAGUAUUUUUCUGGCUUUGGAAAUGUGAAAUUUGAGAAUGCUGCACACCGUACAUUGACGAUGACCGGUCUGAAUGGUAAAAGCGCUAAAUUGAAUAAUUGGCUAACGACUAAUAAGACAACAUAUGAAAACUCGAUGACAAAGGUUGGUCUCAAUUUUCUUACAAUGGCCUUACCUAAAACCGGCGAAACAGGCCAGACCGCCUUCGCUGCAAUGGGGGAAGAUGCGGGAACGAAGAUCGAGGAUAUGUAUACAAGUGAGAAUAUCUCGGAUGCUGGAACAACUCAACUCACGCAGCAAUUUAGGUCGAGCAAGGAAGAAGCCAUUAAGCAGAAAAUCAAUCAAUUCACAACUAAGGGUAUUGUAAAACUUACAGAAACUAUAGCUGAUGGUGGUGGUGCGCAGGACGGUAAAUUAAACAGGAUGUCUUUCGAGACGCCUUUAGAAACAAUUACCAAUGAGCUCAAAGUUUUAACCGACCUGGUUAAUAAAAACGAAAAAACCAUAUUGGACUAUGGCAAUGUAAAGCACACAGGCGUUAAAACGCUCUUGAAUGAACUCAAAGAUGGACUUGGAAAUGGUAAAAUGGACCACAUAUUUGAGAAUGGGCUCGGCAAAAUUAGAGACCGCAUUGGUUCUUUUAAUGACAGGUUGCCAAUUGAAACUAAAAACAUCGAGGCUUCCGUCACCUCAAUUAUGGAAAACCUUGGGAAUGUCAUCUCGUCAUUGCGCAAUACGUUCAAUCAAGAUGACCUUAUGCACAAGCUGUUGAAAAUUAAAACAAAAAUCGGUCACGGAACCAUAGUAGCUGACAGUGAAAGUCUAGGCCAAGUUCAUGCCGAACUUGAUAGUCUCAGAACUAAAGAGUUCACUCCUCAAGCUGCCACAGGUACAAUCCAGCAGGCUAUCAAUACGGUGCUUCGUACUGUGAACAAUCUAGAAAGUCUGCCUGCAGCAGUGGACGCUGCGAAGAAAAUGGCUCUCGAAACAAUGGAAGCGUUGAAAUUGCAGCUACAAACGAACAUCACUUUUAUUAGCCAAACCGUUGAACUUGCUUCCGCUGCUUUGCAGCAGAGCAUAGAGGGCUUUCGAUCGGCAUAUACAUUAGCCUAUAACGAAUCUAUGGAAGCGGUGGAGGCUUUGAAAGAACACCUACUGAUUGCUUCGCAAUCCGCAUUCACCCAAGUCACGUACCAAGUCCGAUGUCUGUUUGCUGAACACCACAAGUCGGACCUCAAAGCGCUGCAAACGCUGAUUAAUAAGCAGUUGGAAACAAUUAAGGAACUUAUCAAUGACGAUAUGAAGAACGGCGUAAAAGGGUUGAUUAGAACUGUUAGCGGCGUCACCCCUGACGGUGCCAUUCCUCAUACUGGUGACAGACUUAGUCAACUAAAAAGUGUUCUAUCAACUCAAUCGCCCACAACUAAGCCAACGAAAGAGAACUUCACAAACAUGUCACAGAAAUUUCAGAACUACCUUAAUCCCAUAACAGACUACAUCAGCAGGCAACUCAUCCCGAAAUCCGCCACCACUAGAACUUCAACUCCGGCGUCGCCAACGCAACAACAAGAUGAUGCCCCCAAACCACAACCUGCCGGCCGCGUCGGAUAUUCUGGCCCAGUUGCCACCGCAACCACGUCCGCACCUAAAGAUCCCAUUGCGGAACACUUGGAUAGACUUAAUUACUAUGUUAAAGGAAUAUUUGACAUAAUUUCCGCUGGCUACUUCGGUAGAUCCUUCGCAACCAAACUAGACGAUCUAAACAAGUUCCUCAGCUCCAUGCGCCCCUCAAACUGCAAACAUAUCAAACACUCAAGCAGCACUCACCAACUGCAACACUACCACUGCCGCUCCCAGUCCCCUCAACCUGCUAACAUAUCAGUCACCUAG